CCUGACAUCACCUCCGUACGGUGCGCCUAGAUAGACCCUUGGGUGCCUGCCCGAAUUAUCCUUUUCCCGGUUUUCUCUCCUGACACACCCUCGUCCUCCUCCUUCUUCUACAACUCCGAGACCACCGCCACGAUGAGCAGCGACAGCGAGGACUUCGUGGUCGACGGCCCCGAGCUGGCCGAGGACGACCCCAUGCGCGCAUUCCUGCCGGCUUCGUUUGGGAAGAAGUCUAAGGAGGCCAAUAUUGCAGCCCAAAUCGACCGGAGCCGCAGAGCGGCAGGAAAACCCUCGGCGGGAACGGCCCACGAGGAAUCCGCAGGGCCUCCAACAGCUACUCAGAAAGAGAAGCAGUCCGACUCGGAUUCCAAUGACAGUGACAGCGGCGACUCCGACUCGGACGACUCCGAGGACGGCGACGACUACCCCGUUUCGCAUGAACUGGUCCUGAAAACCCACGAGAAGGCCGUGACAACGGUCACGCUGGACCCGGCUGGCGGGCGGCUCGUGUCCGCGUCGCUCGACUGCAGAAUCAACCUGCACGAUUUCGCAUCCAUGACGCCGAGCACUCUCCGAGCAUUUCGAAGUGUCGACCCGUGGGAGGCAAAGUCCUCUGCCGCCAACGCCGAAUCGCACCCGAUCCACCACGUCGAGUUCAAUCCCUUGUCCGGCAGCGUCUUUCUCUGCGUAUCCGCCCACCCGCAGGCCAAGAUCAUGUCGAGAGACGGCGACGUCAUCACGGAGUUCGUCAAGGGCGACAUGUACCUGAGGGACAUGAACAACACAAAGGGCCACAUUUCGGAAGUCACGACGGGAAUUUGGCACCCUACGGACAAGAACCUCUGCGUCACUGCCGGCACCGACAGCACUCUCCGCAUCUGGGACAUCAACAACAAGCGCAGCCAGCGAGAUGUGAUUGUCUUCAAGUCAAAAGCAGCAGGGUCCGCAGGCCGAACGAGGAUGACCGCUGUCGCCUGGGGCGCCCCAGCCCAGGGCGGCAGCAACGUGCUUGUUGCGGCCGCGCUCGACGGCUCUCUGGUCAUGUACAGCGGCAACAGCCCGUUCUCGAGGCCCACGGCCGAGAUUCGAGACGCCCACAAACCGGAUACUUGGACCGGAGGCAUCGACAUCUCGUCUGAUGGACGGAUGGUCGUCACGCGAGGAGGCGAUAACACAAUCAAGUUGUGGGACAUACGGAAGUUCAAGACGCCUCUUGUCACGGUGGACCAUGCAUCAACGUCGGAUCAUUUCCCGAUGAGCAACAUUAGGUACUCGCCAAACUCGACCAGCAUCCUGACGGGCUCUGCGACGGGCGACUUGCAUAUCUUGAACCCCGGAAACCUGCGUCCCGAGCACGUGACGCCAAUCACGCCAGGAGCGCCUCUUAUCACCGUCAACUGGCACCCCAAGAUUAACCAGAUCAUCACUGGCUCGGCGAACGGCGAGACGCACGUGCUGUACAGCCCGACCAUGUCUUCCCGGGGCGCCGUCGAGGUGAUGUCGCGGGCGCCCAAGAAGCGGCACAUUGACGACGACCCGUCCCGGACGACGGAUAUGUCGGUGGGCAUGUCGGGUGAUUCCAUUAUCACGCCGGGCAGUGUGAUGGCCGGCAGGAGGAACGCGGGAGUGACGGCGUCAGGAAAAUCCAAAGACCCUAGGAGACCGGCUGUCUUGGAGCAGACACCAUUUAUGAGGAACCAACCCGACGAAAAGCACAUUGCGGAUAACAUUCCUCUGGCCAAGAUGCUCCACGAAGACCCCCGAGAAGCGCUCCUCAAGUAUGCCGACGCGGCGCAGAAAGACCCGAUGUUUACCGCUGCGUGGCAGAAAACGCAGCCGGUCACCCAGUACGCGGAUGUGAGCGACGACGAAGAUGAAGGCCCGGACAAAAAGAAGGCGCGGCGGUGAGGAAUUGGGGGGAGGUAGGGAGGGAUGCCGCAUAACGCCUCGGCAACCACUCGUGGUAUCCGUACUCUGUGAGGGAACAUGGCGGGAGGGUGUGUAUGAGUCUAAAUUCGGAGGAGGAAAGGGCAAACAAACAGUGGCUGGAUCAGCCUCGAUGGAGCAGGGCGAGCUAACCAACGGGGCCAGCAGCAGGCAGGCCAUUGGGGAAACCGAGGUGGCAAGCGUUCUUUGCGGCCUGCGUUUCCUAGGGAAUCUCUCCACUUGUUCGACAUUCAUCAGAUUAGCUUCGCCGGGAGCAGGUGUCAAACGCAGGGCGGCGCACGCAAGCGCUUGCAGGAGAGUGUGGACAUGCCCACCGCGGCCAACUCAUCCGGGCGAGGACCGGGGUGCGUGCUCUAUACUAUAGCCAACGAGCAAGCGACUGGACGGACGGGAGACGACGGGAGACUGACGCGCAUCCCCCCCCCGAUCUGCUGGCAACUCUUAUUCUUCACUACCCUCCCUACCUUACCGAAAACAAGAGACGACAGAUGCCAAGCGGCGUGGAUCUGGCAUUCCUUGGUGGAUGGGGCAGCCGGUAAGGUACCCGACGCGACUGACAGCAGACCACGAUUUGAGGCCUCCCAUUCCCAACGGUGUGUGUGUGUUUUUGUGUGUAUGGCCGCUACCCCCCCCCCCCCGAAUAGUAACCGAAGUAAGUCACAGCCGGCCAGUUGCCCGCAGGCCGCCACUUGUCUGCGCUUGUGCUUGUGUGCUUAUGACUUAUGCCUGCGCCUACGCCUCCGCCUACGCCUGUCCAGUGAAUCAAGGAAGAGCUGGCCCGAGCGCCCUCGCUUGUACAUAAUCAGAUUAGCGCGUUAUGCCUCAGGCACAUAUCAUGUUUUCCUGUGCUGAGAAUUACGGGGACCGCAGUUUCACAGACUGACCGCACCAACCAUCAAU